GGGCUCUGCCCUCCGUGGGCUGAGGCCGCUGCGCUUGCCCCGUCCCACCCGGCCCCACCAGUCCGACAGGUUUCAAGUUUAGAUGGCAGCGAGCGCUCGGGAGUGUUCCGCGCGCUCAGGCCCCGGCCCCGCGGCCCUCAGCUUUGCUCCGUGGUGAAGCCAGCGGGGAUGGGAGCCUAGUCCCCUCCUGACGCCCCGAAAUACGGGAGAGCUGCUCCUCAGCCCCCAGCUGCGGCCCUGGUAGCACCGAGCCCGCCGCCCCAUGGCUGCUGCUGCCGACCCCACGCUGCCCCUGGAGGAGGUGGCUCUGCUGGAGCUGGGGAAGGCGGCCCCCCCCAUUGAGGACCCUCCGGCCCCAGACGACCACCCCGGGGAUCCUGAUGCCACUCUGCUGUGGGACCAGCGCCAGCACGGCACCCAGGGGCAGCCGGAGCCCGCGGACACCAAGAGGCGCUCGAGCCCCGAGGGGGCCCACGACGACUCCGAAGAGGGGACCCCUGCCUGCCCCCCCGCUGAGGCCGACAGUGAGGAAGAUCCCGGGCUGCCCGUGAUGGCGGCCCACGUCUUCGUCCCCAUCGACCCCCACUGCAUCGAGCGGACGCCCGGGGAGCAGAAGAAGCAGCAGCCCACCCCGCAGCCCCGGGAGGAGGGCAGGGGGGCCCGCGUUCCCCCCAGGGACAGACCCCACAGCGUCCUCCCGAAGCAGGCCCUCCUCCCUGCCAGCCCCUCGCGCUACAGGGACCCGCCGGGCUUCGAGGGGCGAGCGGCCAAGCCUGCAGCCGAGGGGUCGCGGUGCCCCUGCGCCGGGGUCUGCAGCACCGCCGCCCUCAAGGCCGCGGCCUCGCUGGUGGGGGCCCUGCUCCUCUGCCCCUGCCUCAUUUACGGCGCCUACGUCUUCCUGCCCUUCGACGCCCCGCUCCUGCCCAGCGUCAGCGCACGCCUGGUGUACACGCUGCGCUGCGCGGCCUUCGCCACCGUCCCCAUCGUCCUGGGGAUGAUCGUCAGCGGCAUCGCCCGCCUCUGCUCCUCGGCGCUGGAGCCCUUCGGGAAGCUGCAGCGGGAGGUGGAGAUCCACCGCACCUACGUCACCCAGUCCGUCCACCUCUUCAUCCUCUACUUCUUCAACAUGGCCGUGCUGGCCACGUACCUGCAGCAGGAGGUCCUCAAGCUCAUCCCCCUCCUCACGGGGCUCUUUGCCAUCUCCCGGCUGACCUACUGGCUGUCCUACGCCUUCGGGCGCUCCUUCCGCGCCUUCGGUUUCGCCAUGACCUUCCUGCCGCUCGUGGCCAUGCUGCUCUGGAACCUGUACAACAUGUUCGUCCUGGAGCCCGAGAACCUCCUGGCCGUGGCGACAGCGAAGCCCGAGGACGGCUCCCAGCAGAGCAGGGCCAGGCUGCGGUACUGGGGCUGAGCGGGUGGAGGGGGGGGGGGUGAGCCUUCCCUGCAAGCCCUGGGGGCGGGGGCUCGGGGGGGGUGAGGGCAGAUCCCUGGGCCUUGCUUCCUCCGUGGGAGCCCCAGCGCGCCCCACAUGAGGAAGGGAGCAGAAGGACCCAUUGCUUGAGGAUGUUGGGGGGCAGAGAUUGCCAGACCUCCUCCUGGAGCCAAUAAAGCCCUUUGCUGAA